ACGAUACCCGGAUGGGCGCCAUCGAGAAGACGUCCACCGGAGGGAAACUGUCAAGAACAUGGUCCGAGGGUAAUGUGUUACGUCACACUCGCAAGUGGACACUCUCGUACCAAAGUGUUCGACAGCAACAACUGAAGAAGAGAAAGCCUGAAAGUGUUGAGGCAAAGUUUGAAAGAUACAGAGCUUGGCAUCUGUCCCGUAGCCCUGAGGAGGAGCUUCAAUACCUCAACACCACCAUCGUCGGCAUACAGAGGUGGCUCCGGCGGAAGCAGGACGACCUCAAACGUGUUUACGACGGCGGCCACGAGGACUGCGAAAUAUCCAGACUGGUCACCAUACAGAGCAUAUUGACAGAGGCAUAUGACCAAAGAGAGGUUGUGGACUUGGUAGUGGAGCGUGGUCAAAGCUACCUUCGACAGCACUCAAAUAUUGUCUUGGAGGUGGACCUGGAUAAUCUGGUCUAUCUGUGGGAUACAUUCAGUGACAAACUGAACAAACUCAGCUCUCACUCCUCCCUGUUACAAGGUGGGAAUCCUAGCGCGCUCAGAGGCGAUCACUCGUGUCAGAGGCUGAAGACAUUGAGAGAAGGCUUUUUCGGGAUAAGCUCUGCCCAAACAAGCCAAAUUACAGAGAUGUGGAUGUUUGUUACUUUCCUGAUCGGCCCAGAUCUGAGGGAUUAACACGUCUGAGGUUGUCCCCACGGUUCCUGGAUGGUGUCAAAUAUGGGUCAAGGUCAGUAGGGUCAAGGUCAGCAGGAGCUGAAGUGUUGGUGGAGAGAGGGAAGGAGAAUAUCCCACCCUCUCCGGGAUACUGCAGGAAUCAUGACCAUCAUGAGACUGAUUUAAACUCAGGGUCUCAUAAUAUUGAGCUAAUAUCAAAGGUUUUAGGGAGCAGUAAUCAAAAGCGAGUCAUGGAGCCCUUGCAGCAAGUGGAACUUGCCAAGGGUGGUGUUUUCGAGAUCCAUGUGGUCACUCCAGAAAAGAACGGAAAGGAUAGUCUCUUGGAUACUUUUGCAGAGUUGGAUUUACCGACAGAAGCAAAACGGCGGAAGAUGAACGGGGGAUACUCCUAGCAGUAUGAGCAGUCGCUCUGUGUCCCCGUCUGCAUUCGACUGGUGGGAUGAGAGUCGUAGCAGCACCCCAGGUGGCUCUCCGGCCCCACACUCACUGGUUGAGUUCAAACGCAAGUACCGCAAGGAUGAACUGUGGAAGGCUAUCGAGUCACAUUACCAGUACUUGAUGGGGAAAGAGAUCAUUGAGACAUGCAGAUCCACUGAGAGUGACCUGUCCCUGGAUGAUGAAGAUUUCGCGGGUAAUCCCAACGUUUCGUUUGCUGAGUUUCUUCAGCAGUAUCGAGAACUCACGGAAUGGCUGAAUCAGAUACAUCUCGUUACCAAGAGAAACUACAUGUGUCUUUCGGAGAAGUAUCUGAACCAGACAUACCAUGAGGAAAUGCUGGAAAGGUCUCCUCGUCGCAAGUUCUUCAACGAGUAUGCAAAGCAACUUUUGCUGCGCUACCCUCACAUGAAGGAUGAGAUCGGUACGAGGAUGAGCUUCCUUAACAACCAAUGGCAGGAGGUUGAAGUUGCCAUAGCACCCAAACAUGGAUGCCAUGACAAGAAAAACAUGAUUCAGGAUCUGCAGUGUGACAUGAGCUGCCUUCGGAAGUGGUUGACGGAGGUGGAGAAGAAGUUGCUGAUCCAGACGGUGCGGCCAGAGUGGACCCGGGAACAGCUGCAGGAAAAGCUCAAGGAGCACCAGGUUCUGCAACGGGACAUCGAGUCACAGUCGAAGGUGGUGUCAGCGGUGGUCAAGCUGAGUCAGCGUAUAGACAAUGACGAGAGCUUCAACGGUGACAUUGACACAGAUGACGAGCACUGCACCCCCAUCUCCCCGCGCAGCACUGCAACAGGCUUGGAGCACCGCUGGCAUGGCGUGUGGCUGCAGUCGCUAGAGUGGCAGUGUCGGCUGGAGGAGGAACUAAACAAUCCAAAGGGUAUCAAUGGCCCCGGGUUCCACUUCAAUGGUCACUUCAACCUCUCAGCCCUUGAGGAGUCCCAAAGCAGUGAGAAUGGCAGCAGACAGGAUGUGAGCAGCAUUCUGGGAGAUAGUGAGGACGACAGUCUUCCUUACCUGGGUGGACGCCCGGAGAAGUUGACGGAAACCCCACACCGGCUGGACAUCACAGAUCGCAGUCUGUCCUGCAAACUAUCCUUCCUGGACAAGAGCAGCGGAGACAGUGCCAACAUCAGUGAGGCGGAGUCCAAGAUGGAGGACUCUCUGGCCUCUCCUGACAGCUUGGAGUUGCCACAGAGCAGCGAUGGUGAGCUGGAUCCAGCUAUUCGCUUCAUCUGCAAGCAGGAAAACAAGGAUAUUGGAUACAGUAGUGAGAGUUACUCCAAUGAUGAGAUUGAGCUGAUGCGACUGCAGAGUCUCAUGGAGGAUAAGUUCCCAGGAAAGUGUGAGGUUGCUAGUGAUUCCCCCUUCCUGAGUGAUGUGACCACCAGAGGGCGUCCCAAGAAGGAGUAUUACCGUAUGGUGUCUGUGGAUGUAGACACUACGGAUAAGACUGAUAAUGAUGAUGGAACCGACACCGGUAACCAUGAUGUCACUGAAAGAGCUGCUGGGAGUGAUGACUUGUUUGUUGUUGAAAUGACCAAGCAGAUCUUGGUUGAAACUACAGAGAAGUACACGAGAUCUACAGAAAAAUUUGAGAUUGAUCGUCAUAAUUGUAAUGCUUUGCUGCAGCCGAGUCAGUCAACAAGUGAACAGUCUGAGUUUGAGAACAACGGUGAGACCAAAGACAAGAUUCAGUAUCUGAUUGACAAGGCAGAAGAUUUGGUCCGAUCUAGUCCAAAAGUGAUCCAUACUUCUACACCCAAGGUACAUGAGCGGAAAACACCAGAGAAACAGGUCAGAUCUAUUGGUUGUAAUACAGUGAUAAUCAGCUCUUGUGACGCAAGUGCCGAAGAUACAGACAAUGAAAGUUCUACGGAAGAGUUCUCGACAGCAACGGAUGAAGCUAGUGAGAAACAGUUCGAUAGUGUAAUCUGUCUGGAUUAUACUUCAGACUCUAAAAACACCAGCCGUGAAAAUGUGGCUCUUUCCCCCAUCAACUCCUCCCCAUUGUUUGAAAAUGUCCGACUACGCAAGCAGCAGUCUGGUCCCCGCAGACUCAAAGACCGUCCAUGGAGUGUUGUGGAAAUGCAGGAGUUCUCUCGGAACUUGGAGUCUCAGCCAUUUUCCACUUCUGAGAGUGCCAUUGAUCGUAUGAUACUCAGUAAAACUGACAGCCCCAGCUCCCCUUCCCCUUCUUUCCUCUCCCAAAGGCAAGCCGCUACAUUCCCGCGUGAGAAGAAAACCAGUCGUGAGAUGCGACGAUCAUUCUCUACCUCAGAGCAAAGUUCCCCUCGAGGUGCUAAGCGGAAACUACGCUAUUCCUCCCAGAAUGACACCCUCCUAUCUUCCAGAGCAGCUAACAUGAACAACUUGGUGCCUUCCACAGACUCUGAAGAUGACGUCACAAAGCAUAUUAGUGAAACUGAUGACAUGGUGGACCAGUUUGAACUGGCCCGUGUCCGAUCUAGUGGCAGCAGUGCUGAUUCCGAUUCAGACACAUCAGAUGCCUAUCUGACCCCUUUGGUUGAACCCCUGACGUCUGAUAACGAGGAUGUCCUGAACAGCACCGGCUCCUUCUCAGAAAAUGCAUGGGACAACUAUCAGUCCCCUCUGUACCCAGCGGUGUCUGAUGACCCAAUGGAGGAGAAGCUGCACUGGGAGCCCAGCGACGAAAUGGAGUUUGAUGACGACUUCCUGUUGCCAAACAACAGAUCUGCUGCCAAAGCUGCUGCUGCUGCUGCUGAGAAGAAAAAAGCUAAAAAUAAAAUCAUGAUCCCUGCCCCUGCCCAGUACGAUGAUAGUGACUCGGACAUAGAAGACUUCCACUACGUGUUGGACCAGUCAGCUGACCAGAUGAGGCUGGCUGACCAAUCACUGAAGAAGAAGAGGAAGGACCCGAUGGGAACUGGCAUCUACCUCAAACCUGCUAAAUAUGCUGAGAUCAUGGCAACCUGUGUGACCAACAUCCGCUGUCUGGAGAGCAUCAGUCAACACCUGGAUCCCACAGAUGUCACCAUGGAUGACUGUCAGCGCAUGCAAGACAUCCUUUAUCAGUGGGAGAAGCUGCGAGCACUGGCGUCGGAGCGGCAGUCUCAGUCAACGCAGCUGGCCGGCGUCUACUCCAGCAUCAAUGAGAUGAAGAAGAAGCAUGAGGAGAUAGAAAGUCUGAUGCACACGGAUAAGUUUGGCUCUGCUCAGGAACUGGAGGCAGCCAUUAAUUUACUCAAGGAGCAGCAACGAAGUCUCCAGGCACAGAGGGCGGAGGUGGGCGACCUGGAGAAGGCAAUGGACAUGUUUAAUGAGCAGUAUCCUGCAAUCCCUAUCAUCAAAUUCUAUACUGAGAUCGCCGACAUCCAGGAGACGAACAUUGAACUGCAGCACAGCCUGCAGCAGCAUGUAUCAAAGCAGGAGCACACACUGGCGAUAUGGUUCGAGUACCUGGAGAGCUGCAGGGAGAUGGACCAGCUGCUGUCUCAGGACCGCGACCGUCUGCAGAAGCUGCUGCGUCAGCGUGAUAAUGGGAUCGUUGUGUUGAGGAAGGACCUGGUGAACGAGGUGGCGACCCUCCAGUCUAGCUUGUCCGUGUACGAGUCUAAACUGUCCCACCUUCAGAGUCUCCGCAAGGAGCUCCACGGAUCAUCUGAUGAGGACACACAGACAGAGUUCCUGGCCUCCCUGGCCGACAUCCGCAACCAGCUGCUGGUGUAUGAACAGAACUGUCGCCAGAUUCAGCGCAACAUCCACGACGAGGAGGAUGAGGAGAUGGCCAUUGAGGCGUCACAGCUUGGACAGCUUGCAGUAUCUGCUGCAGCCCUGCACGAGCAUAUUGCACGCAGUCGGCGGGAAUCUGAGAGCGAUGAAGUGGACGCAACUGAAGAAGCCAAAGCUGUCGGCACCAGCAGCUGGUUGUCAUCGUGCCCAGUUCAGGUUGCCGCAGUGAUGCUGCUGGCCGGGAUCGUGUACUUGUUUGAUCCCAGCAUCCUUCAGGACAUGGCUAACUUCUCUAUCAGGAUCUCACCAGAGCUGAAAUAUGUUAACGGUCCUCCCCCCAGUCUGAGUAAAUCAGUGAGCCAAUCAGAGAUCAGAAUGCUCGAUCCGAUCUAGCUCCCGCUCAGGUCCCUGUCGGACCAGUGUACAGUUACAACGCCCUCUAGUAGCAGAUUAAGACACAGUCUAAAUCUGCGGCGUGUCACACAGCGGCCUGGAUGUACAUAAGACCAUAUCAGGCAGAUAAGUAGAGCAAACAGGGCCAGGCCCCACACAAAUGCACACCAAGAUUCAAUAAAAUAUAUCCGAAUUAAAUAAAAAAUAUCCAAGAAAACAUAUCAGGAACAAAUUAAAUUCAUGUUAUUAAACACAAUAUCCAUGACAUAUUUGGUAUUAAGACUAAUAGUGAUAUAUCUAUAUAGUGCAUAUUGUUGGGGCCUGGAUGGAUAGAUGCGUACAAAGAUGUACAUACAAAUCAUACAGCCAGGGGCUGAAAACACUGAAUUGUACAUACAGUUAUCCAUGAUCACAGCAGCCAGCACGACCAGCAGUUGAACGAACGUUCAGGAGUGUAGAUAUGGAGCUGGUAGUGAGUUGGUCACAGUCUGACAUUGGUUGCUUCAAAGUUUUUCCUCAGUGGAUUCUGUUCAUACUACUGUACAUUCAGUCAAGUCAGAAGUAAUUCGCUACAGGUCUCCGAUCUGUGGCUAAUGAAACUAGGCUCAGAACCAAAAUCCACUCACAGUGGUACAGUACCCGAUGGUACUUGGGUAUCGAAAUGGUACCUCCAUAACUUGCAAUAAUAGCUGCUUGAACAGCAAUAGUCUAUACACAAAAAGUUUAAUAUAUGUAUACUGUCUUAAUAUUUAUACAAACAUAUUGUUUCUCUUUCAAGUACUUGUAAAUAAGUAGAUUAUAUCUAUCAAGAUAGGUAUAAACCUAUUAUUGGGUAUGAAACCACACAUAAUUGAAUUGAUGAGAUAAUAUGUAAAAUAAUGUAUAUUUGGUAGGAAUAAAACUAUGGUUAAGGAAGUGAUGUUUAAUUUCCAAAAGUGUAUAUAAAUCAUGUUUAGUGCAAGAAGUGAAAACAUUUCUUCAUAAAUAUUUUCACUUUAUCAUGAACAAUUGGCCUCGUACAGCAUAACAAUAAAUCCUUUCAAUAAAUAUGCACUUUUUGAUAAAUGGUGUCUUAACAGUUCUUCAUGCAGUAUGAUCCUGUCAUCAAGAUAUAUGCUGUAUUCUAUCCAAUGUUGGAUACUAUGUACAUGAAGCUGAGAGGGCAGUUAAUAGUGCUAUGAUUUCUACGUCCUAAUCCAGUGUGUACCUGUCUAGUCAGUAUCCGUAAUCAAAUUUUGGACUUGAAAUGUACUUGUGAAUAGGCAGCAAACUUUUUAUGUGUUUCUGAAAUUUUAUCAAAAUUGUUAUUUUGAUUUUGAUAAUUAGAUUUGUCUUGACUUUUAAAAAACUGUUACUGCCAUCAAAUGGAUGAAUCAUUGCUGAAAUAUUAAACUCCAGUGUGUUUUGUAUUCUUUGCAUGAGACACUUUGGUUAAUAUCAUAAUUUCAUCUAUGCUAAAUAUCAGCAUGUGUAUACUAUCAUCAUGAUCAGGAAAUCUUUGUGUUAUCACCUUAGUUCUGGUUGAUAACAUCUUAUCACUGUUAUGAUAUCAGAGAAUGUGGGUAUCAACAAAAAUAUUAUUGUUAAUAUCAUUCUUAAGAAUAAUGACAGUCAUUCUUCUUAGACAAGUUACACAUUGAUAAAAACGAACACAACUGAUAUUAAUUACGAAAUAUAUUGGGAAGAAUAUAUAACGAUAUCAACCUACUUAGAAGUUUGUAUUGGUGAUAACAAGCCACAAAUGAGAUUUCACUUUAGAUUCUCAUAUUGGUAUUGUUUUCAGGAAAUAAGAACAUAACCGGAAUAUGUGGAUAUUAAAAUACAUAUAUCGGUUUAUUGCUAUGACUAAAUAGCAAAUGUUUCUACAGACAGUAAUCCUGUCAAUGUAGGAAACGGGCUAUCAAGGCGAAAUGUUACCAUCGUCAGUAUACUGUGGCUGUCAAUCAGGAAGUGUACAAGAUACCAGCAGGUGCUUGUUUGAUGUACACUGACAGCGAAAUGUACACAUGUAUAUAGGGUAUUUUGUUGUAAUCAACACCUGUCUUUUACACUAUAAUUCUUGGCAGCAGGGAAAUAGAUUUGUAAUCAAGGAAACACAAACCACACAUAGUAUAUUCACAAACACAAUGAUUAUGUCAUCAAUGAAUUGCCACAACUAGGUCUAUUUUUAGGACAAUCGGCUCGGACUAAUUCAUAUCGUGAUGUUUGUCAAUUUCUACAACAACUCUGGGAGUGGCUUAGUUAAUGUGAUAAGACCUGUGGUGAUUUGUCCACCACAUAUUAGUAUAAUGAUUCUCACUAAAUGUUACAGCUCUGGUGAAGUAUUGAUGGGAGGAAUGCAGUGUUGUGACUUUUAGCUGUUGUUUACACUGUGCGUGUGCGUGUUGCAUUGUUAAUUGCUUUGUUUGUUGUCUUGCAUUGUGAUGCUAACACAUAGUCAAUACAAUUAUUAUUUACAGAUUUUUGAUAUUUUGUUAAAGCUUUGAAAAUUGAAGCAGCAUAAAUGGUUUUGCUUCUAAAUUUCAUAUUUCCAGUGUUGAUAUGAUUUUGUUAAACAAUCUUGAUUAAUUUAAUUUGAUACCGGUUUUCAUGAACUUACAAUAGUUUUGUAAACUUUGCUUGUUAGAUAAGUGAAUAUUGUGAGGAAAUACUGCCAUUUUGACUACCCAGAUUUCUUGAUGUCUUGUUAAUGAACUUUUUCAGUGAAUUGCAUUUGCAUUUUUACAACACAUUGAUCAUUGAUAUAUAUUUUCUUUGUAGACAACUUUUGUACCUCUUGAUUAAGUGCCUGUUGAGUUACUCAAUUUUGUACCUUAUUUCCUGUUCUAGUUGACAGUUUAUUACAGUGUUCAUUUUGUCUUAAUCACUUUUUAUAUUGUAGUGCAGAAAAACAGAAUAUUUCAGGUAGAACUUUCUAACAUCUGUAUGAGGGCAUAAAUGGGAAUAUCUUCCAUCUUGUUUCUUAUUUUGUAAAUAUUUUCAGAGUACUAGAUUGGGAAUAUUUUUUAUAGUAUAACUCAAUAUUUACAGAAACUCCUAAAUAUGCUUUGGGAACAAAAAUAUAUGCAUGUCACUACUGAUGUUAUGGUUUGUAAUUGAGGCAGUUUUAACAGGUAAGUGAUUUUGUUUCCUGACAAAAAUAUCACACUAAAUGGUGCUAUCCCAAGCAGAUGUAGCAGUACACUGCAUUGUAAUGCUAACCCAAUUGUUUGUUCAUUCCCUGUCUGGUGCAGUGAAUUUGAGAUGAUAUUCUCUCUUGAAAUUUUUGAGUAUUCUGAAGUCUCAAACACAUUUGAUGGGUAAUAAAUAAUUUAACCUCUA